CGUUGGAUGAAUCGAUUCACAUGGUGCAUCAAUCAAUCAGUUCAUGAGCGCUAGGGAGGACAAGUUGGGGACAAGUCUGUCUGCCAAACGUACCGUACCCCACUCAGUCAGUCAUGAGAAGCACUGACAUGACAUGACAUGACCGAUAAAGGUUGGACACACAAACAAGAAACAACAAACAACCAACACGCACGUCCUCUGCACAGGCAGCUCUCUUAUCUUCAUUCAUCGGACUGUGACCCCCUCACUGCCAUGCACUCAUUCACCCCACCCAUUCCACCCAUUAGCUGCUGCACACUCUCUCUGCACACUCACAGAAAAACUCUCGCUGCUCGGUGCGUCCCUUUCUACCUAUCCUAUCUACUGGCUGCAAUGCCUUGCCCCUCCCUCACUUAGCCCCCGUGAGUUCCUCCUGGUUCUCCUCCCUGUCGCUCUCUGCCCAGGGGGCCAUCCCCGCAGCUGCAGCAGCUGCGUUGGGGGACAUGACCAUGGCCUGUGUGUCACACAGUGAACAGUGGACCAUUUGCUUGGCGCGUGUGUGCAUUGCAUUGUGUGCGUGAGUGUGUGCGGACCGCUUCGAGCCGCUGGCAGGCACUCAUGGUCUUGACGUGCUCUAGCUCAUCGUCGCGAAUAGUCGUAAAGACAUCAUAGAGAUUGCUGACGGAUGCACAGCACAUAACACACACAGUCAGCUCAUAUCAGGCGGCAUGGCACCAAGUGUGUGAGCUGUUUGUUGGGUUGGUUACUUGAUCUGCGGUCGUCUGGACUGGGCAGGUCGUGACGUCUGGAACUCAUCAAACAUGUACAGGUCGCCCGACUUGUAGUACUCCAUCGCUACAGCCGGGGCCGGCAACUGGGAGGGGACACAACGCACACACGCACACACAGCAUAUACAACACACGACGCAAAUGGAUGCAGGCAGCAUCAUUGCCCCUCUGUCGUCAUUUGCUCUGUCUGUCUGUGCAGCAGGUACCCUACCUACCCGCUUCAGUAUCUGCUUGUUCUGCGAGACGAAUUGGCCGUAUGUGUCGACGGCGUGCCACUCGAUGAGCUCUGAAAAAUUGUAGGCCCACGUCGGUGAGAUCAAGAAGAGAAGAAUCAGAACCUGCGCACAUGACAUGCACACAACGAAAGCAACCACCGCACCGCAUGGCAUGGCAUGGACAUCGCAUAGAUGUGUUCUCCCAUCCCCUGGCUGGCUGGCUGGCUGACCCAAGCCCCAAACGCACCCAGUAGUAUACGAUGGCGGCGUGUCUGGCGAGAAAGCGGUCGAGCCAUGCCUGGUCGCCUCCCAGGCUCUCCAUUAUGAACAGGUGGUGCAUCUCGUUCCACUCCUCGGCGAAGUGCACCUUCCGCACCUCAGUACCCACACGCCACCAACCUACACAACACACGACACGCACCAACACACCACAGACAGACGCAUGACGAGCCCCGGGCCAUGUAUGUCAGUCAUGUAUACCCCUCCCUCCCUCCCUCCCUCCCUCCCUCCCCAUCAAACCAGUCUCUGACUGACCGAGUGUCUCAUAGAGGUGCAGCAUCGAGAUGUAUGCGAAAUAGGGCAUCCGCGCCACGGUCUCGAGGAACCAGAACCGCUGAAUGGGCCGCUCGUUGUACAGCACAUCCAGCAGCCAACACAGGAACAGGUAGGGGAUCUGACACAAACAAGACACAAUCGGCAAGGCGCAUGAGCGUCCUGUCUUCCCUGGUGGACCUGUGUGUGUGUGUGUGUGUAUGAGAGAGAGAGAAUGUGCCCACCUUGAGCAGCAGGGGUGAGUUGAAGUAGGUCUUGAUGGUGUCGUAGUCGACCGCUAGGUCCGUGUCUGGUGGGGCCGACUGUUUGUCCUUGUGCUUCUCCAGCAGGAACUUCAUCUUCUCUACUCUCUCCUCCUCCCGCCGCCACACGGCAUCGUUGUCCAGACGCAAUCGACUCAACUCCUGACACAACACACACACAGACACCCCACCGUCGAAACAAAGGCCUUUCAUGCCUGCAUGCCUGCCUCUCUGUACGUGUGAGAGAGCAACGCUCCUUACCUGCCGCAGCCGGAUGGUGUUCUCAUCUGUCGGGUUCUGCACUUUAGAUGGCGUCAGCCUCUGCACAUUGAAUGUGGCCAAAACGUCGUCGAGGUUGAGAUCCCACCGGCGGAGAAUGCGCACUAUGCCAGCGAAUGGCCCGUCCCCCGCCUCUGCAUUGGCCCACCCACUGGCUGGCGCCAUGUCGCCAAAUCUUAUGGCGCGACGGAUGGCCAGCCACUCGCGCUUGAAGUUCCACACGCCCAUGCUCCACCCAUUCGCCGGCACAGCCAUGUCGAGAGGGCCUAGAUCCUUGUCGUCGCGAUACCUGCACAGGUCACGUAUGCAUCCCCACGGCGAUCCAUACAUACAUCAGCAAAUAAAGCAUCCAUCCCCGAUCUGCCCUCCCACCCACCCAUAAGCGGCGGCCUCCCUCCACUCUUCCAGACGCUGCAGGUCUUUGUCUGCGUCCCACGCGUCGUGCGCCUCAAUCUCGAGUGCACCCCCACGCGCCGCAGGAGGCACCGCCCGCGCCUUCUGGAUCAGCUCAGCCGUCCACAAGUUGGUCAGAGCAGCCUUCAACGCCGGACGGCCCGCCAGGAACUCAUUGAGCCGGUCCACCUCCCAGCUGAUGUAUGUGACGGGCUGCUGGGCGAAGACUCGGGCGGCAGGCUUACUGCUGCCGCUAUUGCUGCUGCUGUCCGCUGGGCCCUUGUCUUCCCCUUGUGCGGACAGCAGCUGGUUGGCGAGAAAGGUCAUCUCGCCGAUGAAGGACGGCGCGGGCAGUGUGGUCAUGACAGAGUCAUCAGCGGCAUCGCGGAUGUCCAGGCUCCCGUCGACCAGGAGCAGCAGCUUGCCACGCGGGUUGCUGCCGACGGCUCGACUGAUGAGUCCGGUGCCGCGCCGCCACUCGCCCAUCCGCAGCAGGGCAAUGGCGUCGUCCUUCUUGACAGCAUACUUGCGCAAGAGAGCAGAUCCAUAGACCCGCUGCAGGUCCUCAUCCGACACCUUCAGUGGGCCCUCUCCCUGCUGUGUGGUGGUCGGUGGGGCACUCACAGCGCUGCUGCUGGACAGCCGUGCUUUGGAAGUGGGUCGGCCAGGUGCCUGUCCACGGUGAUUGUGCAAGAUGCGAUGAGAGAGGAGCGAUGGCGGGCUGACGAAAGAUGAUACACGAGAUGCAGACACCGCCAAGAGCAGCAACAUCGGCACUAUCAGCGGCUCCAUUGUCCCGAUGAAAAUCAGCUGAUUGCAGGCGGCCACUGGAAGAUCAGCGGGGGGGAAGCAACAACUCACAGGACUUCAUUCGACAAAUGACCGCACUCGGGGAUCUUGAUCCACUC